AUGAGUAUUGUGAUACCACUGGCAGCCGUGUCAGCGUUUUGGUUGGUAAUCGGAGCUGGAGGUCCUUUCGUGGUGCCGAAAGGUCCAAAUAAAGGUAUAAUACAAACAAUGAUCAUAUUAACAGCAGCGUGCUGUUGGUUGUUUUGGAUAUUAGUUUAUCUGCAUCAACUCAAUCCUCUGAUUGGACCACAAUUACCCGUCAGGACAAUCAAGUGGAUCAGUGAGAAAUGGGGCGACGCGGCACAUCUGGUUGACCACUAA